UGAUCGUCUAACAAAAAAAAAACCCAGGACUAACUAGAAGAAGGAAGAGCAACCCCUCUCUCUCUCAACUGCUCAAAAAUGAAAGCAAUAAGCCCCGUGCGGUCCUUCCGGAAAAACAACGCGAAUUUAUCAGAGCACUCCUUGGGAAUCUCUCGCAGCAAGACCCCGGUGGACGACCCGCUCAGCCUGCUGUACAACAUGAACGACUGCUACUCCAAGCUGAAGGAGCUGGUGCCCAGCAUCCCGCAGAACAAGAACGUCAGCAAGAUGGAAAUCCUGCAGCAUGUCAUCGACUACAUCCUAGACCUGCAGAUCGCGCUGGACUCCAGUGUGGCACUAACCAGCCUGCACCACCCGUCCAGGACCCCCCUCACCACCCUCAACACAGACAUCAGCAUCCUGUCAUUACAGUCCCCGGAGUUGCCAUCAGAGCUGAUGACAGAUGACAGCCGGACUCUGCAUCGUUAAAGCGGUGUUUGGUCAAGACGCAAAAAAACACACACACUCACCAGGACCUGGGGAGCAGGACUCUCCCACCCCCUCUCUCCUCCUCCUCCUCCAGCCUCUGUCCUCCCAGGCCUGGAUUUUUUUUAUUUUAUUUUUUUGUUUCUGACGAUGAAAUCAAGAGACUUUUUUUGCUUAAUAUGGGACAAUCUUAUGUGAUGUGAUUUGUUUGGACACUUCAUUAUUAUUUAACUUAAGACUCUUUUAUUUGUGGGUCCUUUCUGGAAAAUGGAAGGCCCUUAUGUUUUGCAGCGGGAGGAAAAAUGAGAUUAUUGUCACAAGGAUUAUUUCCCCUCCCUCACCCACCCACCACCCCACACACGCAUACACACACACACACACACACACACACAUGCACACACACACCCGCCCGCCCCUCUCCUUGUUGAACUCUUCGCUUUUUUUGCGGAGGUGGGAACGUGUAUAAAGCAGAAAACUUGGUUAGUUACUGUGUAUAUAGAUAUAUACAUAUAAAACAAACAAACAAAAAAAAAAGUUUAGUCUUGUCUUGUCAGAUUUGUUGGCACAUGAAGGACUGGACUAUGUUUAAAACAUACGAGAGAAGGAAGGAAGGAAGAAAAAAAAAGUUCGAGUGGAAUCUUGUGAACUCUCUCUCCUCGGGAGUUUAUAUUGUAUAGUUGCAGGAUUUGAAUCUUCUGCAAAAGUGUAAUGUUGUACUUAUGCUGAAACUUUUUAUAAAAGUAAUGUAAAUUGUACCCUUUUUUUUAUACAAAAUAAAUGAAAAACACAGCC